CAUUAUGGGGUCUGUAACAAGUGUGUCACACUUUAUGAUCCUCAAAUUGGAAAUCUGGGAUCUGCAGUUAGUACUUGUAGGAAAUCUUGCAAGCUCAUCAGUGAAGCAUGGAUCUUGACCAUGGAAAAUGUUGGCAAAAUUCUAAGAAGGAUUCUUGGAGAACAACUUUGCUGUUGGCUUAUCAAAGUCUUGGUGUAGUCUACGGCGACCUCAGCAUUUCUCCACUUUAUGUUUUUAAGAGCACAUUUGCAGAAGAUAUUCAUCACUCAGAAACAAACGAAGAGAUUUUUGGUGUACUUUCGUUCAUUUUCUGGACUUUAACACUCGUCCCGCUUUUCAAAUAUGUGUUCAUAGUUCUUAGAGCUGAUGAUAACGGUGAAGGUGGUACGUUUGCACUUUAUUCAUCGAUAUGCCGACAUGCUAAAGUAAGCCUGGUACCGAACCGUCAAAUUUCUGACGAAUCGUUAUCUACAUACAAGUUGGAGCCAUCUACGGGGCAAGAAUAUAGUUCUAAAGUGAGAAUGUUGCUUGAAAAGUAUAAGUUUUUGCGUACAGCUUUACUAAUCUUGGUUCUUCUUGGCACUUGUAUGGUAAUUGGAGACGGGCUUCUUACUCCUGCCAUAUCUGUUUUAUCUGCAGUUUCCGGGCUUGAGUUAUACAUGUCUAAAGAUCAUCAUCAGUAUGCAGUGAUCCCGAUUACUUGCUUCAUAUUGGUGUGCCUUUUUGCGCUACAACACUACGGCACACAUAAAGUCGGUUUCUUUUUCGCUCCAAUCGUGUUUUUGUGGCUGAUAUGCAUCAGUGCCCUUGGCAUAUACAAUAUAAUCUGUUGGAAUCCACAUGUUUAUCAAGCUCUUUCCCCCUAUUAUAUGCUAAAGUUCUUCAGGAAGACUAAAAAACAAGGAUGGAUGUCUUUAGGUGGAAUUCUACUGUGCAUAACAGGCUCAGAGGCAAUGUUUGCUGAUCUUGGCCACUUCUCUUACACCGCAAUUCAGAUUACGUUCACGUUUCUGGUUUAUCCGGCGCUCAUACUUGGUUACAUGGGUCAAGCAGCGUACUUAUCAAAAAAUCACCAGAAUGCUGAUCAAAUCGGCUAUUACGUCUCGGUACCAGAAAGUUUGAGGUGGCCUGUGCUUACAAUAGCCAUUCUUGCUUCCGUUGUGGGAAGCCAAGCAAUCAUAAGCGGAACAUUCUCGAUCAUUAACCAAAGUCAAUCACUCGGUUGUUUCCCUAGAGUCAAAGUUGUGCAUACCUCUGACAAGAUUCAUGGUCAAAUCUACAUACCUGAGAUUAACUGGAUACUCAUGAUCCUCUGUAUUGCAGUCACCAUUGGUUUCAGAGAUAUCAAACACUUGGGAAAUGCAUCAGGAUUGGCUGUAAUGGCAGUAAUGCUAGUGACGACUUGCCUUACAUCUUUAGUAAUCAUUCUUUGUUGGCAUAAACCUCCAAUUGUCGCCCUCUGUUUCCUGUUAUUUUUCGGGUCCAUAGAGUUACUCUACUUUUCAGCUUCACUAGUCAAAUUCCGUGAAGGGGCAUGGCUACCGAUCCUAUUAGCACUCUUCCUAGUUACCGUGAUGUUUGUUUGGCACUAUGCAACCAUCAAGAAAUAUGAAUAUGACCUUCAGAAUAAGGUCUCUUUAGAAUGGCUACUAGCGUUGGGUCCUACUUUGGGAAUUUGUAGGGUUCCCGGGAUCGGGCUCGUUUUCACAGACCUAACCUCCGGAAUUCCUGCAAACUUCUCGCGGUUUGUCACCAACCUUCCUGCGUUUCACCGUAUCUUAGUGUUUGUUUGCGUGAAAUCUGUACCAGUUCCUUUCAUCCCCCCGGACGAAAGGUACCUACUGGGACGUGUGGGUCCCGCAUCUCUUCGAGCUUAUAGGUGCAUUGUGCGGUAUGGUUAUCGAGAUGUGCACCAGGAUGUGGACUCAUUUGAGUCUGAUCUUGUUAAACGGCUGGCUGAUUUCAUCCACUAUGAUUGGUGCCGACCACGAAAAAGUAGUGAUCAAGGUAAUGAGAAUCAUCCGUCUGCAUCAGAUCGAUCGUUGGGCGAGCAUACUCUGGCAGUAGUAGGAAACACAGAAUUCUCAAGAACUCCCAUUUUUGAGGUGGAUGAAAACAUGAAUCAAGUAAGUGUAUCUUUGGGGUUCCAAACAGUUGAGAGCAUUGGUGACAUUGUUGAGAUUAGUACAUCCAAAGAGAGACGGGUGAGGUUUGCCAUUGAUGACAAUGAUGAGCCUGAAAAUCCCAUUGAUGUACAAUUGAGACAAGAACUCGAAGAUCUGUUGGCAGCCCAACAAAGUGGAACCGCGUUCAUACUUGGUCAUUCACAUGUCAAAGCAAAACAAGGGUCAUCGGUUAUGAAAAGACUAGCGAUUAAUUUCGGUUAUAAUUUCUUGCGGAGGAAUUGCCGGGGACCUGAUGUUGCCCUGAGAGUCCCUCCAGCAUCUCUGUUGGAAGUUGGCAUGGUUUAUGUUGUAUAAACUCAGUUGUUUUGUAGUUAGUUAUCUGUUCAUAAUAUCAAAAUAUCGAGUUCACAAGA